UCUAUCAUUGUUUGUUGUAAAAUGGCAGAAGCCAGUGUCACAGUGGAUCAGAACCAAUUCACCUGCGCAAUCUGUCUGGACCUGCUGAAGGAUCCAGUGGCUAUUCCCUGUGGACAGAGUUACUGUAUGAACUGCAUUAAGAGCUGCUGGGAUCAGGAGGAUCAUGAUGGAGUUUACAGAUGCCCCCAGUGCAGAGAGACCUUCACACCCAGACCUAUUCUGGCCAGAAACACCAUGCUGGCUGAAGUGGUGGAGAAACUGAAGAAGACAGGACAACAAGCAACUCCUACUGACCAUUAUGCUGGACCUGGAGAUGUGGAGUGUGACGUCUGUACUGAGAGAAAACGCAAAGCUGCCAAGUCCUGCCUGGUGUGUCUGGUCUCUUACUGUGAAUCUCACCUCCAGCCUCACUAUGGGUCUCCAGCUCUUAAGAAGCACAAGCUGACUGAUGCCACUGGACAUCUGCAGGACAAUUUCUGUUUCCAGCAUGACAAACCCCUGGAGUUCUACUGCCGUACCGACCAGCAGUGUAUCUGUGAUCUCUGUACGAUGUAUGAACACAGAGACCAUGAAACAGUCUCAGCUGAUGCACAAAGGACAGAGAUACAGAAAAAAAUGGAUGAAAUGCAGAAGGAAUUUCAGCAAAGAAUUCAGAUGAGACAAAAGGACCUGAAAGUUCUGAUAGAGGCUGUGGACUCAAUAACAAGAUCGGCACAGUCAGCUGUGGAAGACAACAGGAAUAUCUUCAUUGAGAUGAUCUACUCCAUUGUGAGAAGACGCUCUGAGGUGAUAGAGAGGAUCAAAGAUGAGGCGAUGGCUGCAGUGAGUCAGGCUAAAGGAGACAUGAAGAGACUGAAGCAGGAGAUUGAUGAACUGAAGAGGAGACACUCUGAGCUGGAGCAGCUUUCACACACAGAGGAUCACAUCCAAUUCCUCCAGAGUUGGCAGAGUCUUCCUGUUGUCCCAGAAGUUGGAUUUGGACCCAGAAUCUCUGUCUAUCCACGCUGCUCUUUUGAGAACGUGAGGAAGGUGGUUUCUGAACUGAAGGAUCAACUGGAAAAUGUUUGCGAAAAGAAGACAGCAGAGUUGCAUCGCCCAGUUACCAAAGACACCGUCCUACCAGUAUUAGUGCCCAGGACCAGAGCAGAAUUCUUACACUAUUCCCGUCAUCUCACUCUGGACCCCAACACAGCAAACAGAAACCUUCAUCUGUCUGAGGGGAACAGAGUGGUGACAUGGAAGAGAGAGACACAGUCAUAUCCUGGUCACCAGCAGAGGUUUGACUCAAUCCCCCAAGUGCUGUGUACAGAGGGUCUGACUGGACGCUGCUACUGGGAGGUUGAGUGGAGCGGGAGUUCGAUUGGUAUAGCCGUCACAUACAAAGGAAUCAGCAGGAAAGGAAUGUAUGAUGACAGCUGGCUUGGAAACAAUGACAAGUCCUGGUGUUUGUCCUGCUCAGCCUCCAGUUACUCAUUCUGGCACAAUAAUGUGCAAACUGCAGUAUAUGGCUCCCAUUCCUCCAGGAUAGGAGUGUACCUGGAUCACUGGGCAGGAACUCUGUCCUUCUACAGCAUCUCUGACACUUUGACCCUCCUGCACAGGGUCCAUACCACAUUCACUGAGCCCCUCUAUCCUGGGCUUUUUCUUUGGAACAGUACAGCCAAACUGUGCUGAGUAUGUUAACAGGCUGUUAAACGUAUCUCAAAAAUUAACUAGUAAUUAAUGCUAGAAAACAUAACUAUUGGCAGAGAACUGUUUGCUGAGGGCUCUUGGCUCUGUCAUAUACAGAAUGGACCUUCAUUUUACCCCAAUGACCCCUAAAAUUGCACCAUCUGGGGUUAUAAAGGCAGAAGCAGGCAGGGAUUCCAGAAUCAGUGCACAGUUAAAGCCAAGGUGUGUCCUCCAGCGCUGGGGACACCCUGGACGGGAAGCCAGUCCAUCACAGAGCAGCCACUCACACAUCAUCACACACUGUGGACAAUUUACAGGUACCAGUUUACCUGGAGAACAGCCAUACAGACACGGGCAGAACAUGCAAACACACAGAGACUGUGGUGUUGUGUUUGGCUUUGUACUGACCAGAAAAUACCUGUAUGCAUCUAAACAUUUCAAUUAUAAUUAAACCUGACUUAACGUUUAACUAAACCCAAGUCUAGGUUUGAUUCUUUCAGUCAGCAAAAUGUGCAGUUAGGAAAUAUGUGUGUGGGGGCUUUAUUUUUUCUGCCUUAACCUCCAACCAUUUUCCAAACCACUUAUCCUUCUGGGUCACAGGGCGUCCAGAGCCUAUUCUGGAAGCUAUGGGCACGAGCUGUCACUCAGUUCCCCCUGGAAUUGUCCCAAUGCCCCCCCCCCCCCACCCCUGGUUGUAUGAGCUAUUAUUCAUGUUUACUGACUAGCUCAGUACACACACUUUCGUGCCCCAAGUAAAACUAUUGCAAAACUAUUUAUACCUUGUGAGUUUAUAUGGAAACGGACAGUGUUUGAUAUGUUAAUGAGAAACUUGAAAUUCCAACAGUGUAGAAUUGUUAUUAAUUAUGAGCAUUCCUUGCAGUACAGUGUUGAAUUAAUACUUAUAAACUUACAGUGUGUGAGUUUUGCCUGUAACAUCAGACAGUCAGUGUCCGGUACCAAUGGCAGAAGUUCAUAUAUGUAUUCUAAACAAUAAUUGGUAAAUUAUGCCAUAGUUUUUAUAUGAUUUAUGACAGAUGGCAUAGAAUAUACCAUAAUAUGGAAAUGUGAAUAUGUAUGUUAUGCAGUGUGAUCCAGGUGUAUUUGUAUUUACCUUGGAAAGGGAUAUUAUCUAUUGGGUCAGCAUCUGUUUAUCCCAAUUUUGUUAAUGUCUUCUCCCUGUUUGGCCAGCAGGUGUCGCUGGCCAUUCUGUCCUCCCUGUUGUCCAAGCCCUUUGUGUGUUUCCCCAGCUCCCCUGACUGCUGCAUGGCUCAAUGAGCUGAGCGUGCGGCAACCUGUAAACCCCUCGGUGAUGUUAGAAUAUUACACGUUACCCUGUAUUGUAUAAUUUUUGUAUUUUGUUCCCUGCCAGUUCUUGCUCCAUGUGUUCCCUUGACAUUUCUUUUAGUUAGUCUUUCUUUUCCAUAUUUUGCUUUUUGACACCUCGUGGUUCUUUUCCUUCGUAGUUUUACCCAGUGUUUUAGUUUGAGUAAUAAACCCCCUUAUAGCUG